GCAUUUGUCUGCACAUGGUGCAUUCUCACUCAGCGUUUCCUCGGUGAAGCAUCUGGCGGAGAGGAUAAAUUCUACGUCACGCAAUGUCGGCAGCUGAAGGCAUCAAUCCCAAGGCAUAUCCCCUAGCGGACCCCCAACUCUCCGUCUCCAUUCUCGAUCUCGUGCAGCAAGCAAACAACUACAAACAGCUGAAAAAGGGUGCCAACGAGGCGACAAAGACGUUAAAUCGCGGCAUAUGCGAGUUCGUCGUGAUGGCUGCCGACACGGAGCCUCUGGAGAUUCUCCUCCAUCUGCCACUCCUAUGCGAGGACAAGAAUGUCCCGUAUGUGUUCGUGCGCAGCAAGCAAGCGUUGGGACGGGCGUGUGGUGUGUCGCGGCCGGUGAUUGCGUGCUCGGUCACUGUGAACGAGGGAUCGCAGUUGAGGCCGCAGAUAUUGACUCUGCAACAGUCGAUAGAAAAACUGCUCAUUUGAAUUAUUGUCUGUAACAUGUAACGUUAGCGUGCGUUAGAGUAGUGAUGUCAACAUGCAUAGCUAUGCUGACUCUGGCAAGCCAAAGAGUCUGACUGUUCCCGCAUCUCGUUCAUGUCGAUCCUGGAUAAGAAAACAAUGUUACAUAUGGCUGAGCAUAAUAAUUGUUGUAUAACAUGACAUGUUCUUAUACCUACAGACAA